AUGAAUGAAAGCGGCUCGCUCAAUGGCACCGGGGUCCCUUUAGCCCGCAUGCAAGCCAGCCACGGCAACUCUUCCCUGGAGCUCUCCUCGCAGCUCCCCGUCUUUGCCAUCAACCCCUGGGACGUUGUGCUCUGCAUCUCCGGGACCAUCAUCGCCUGUGAAAAUGCCAUCGUGGUGGCCAUUAUAUUCUACACUCCCACCCUGAGAACCCCUAUGUUUGUGCUCAUUGGGAGCCUGGCCACAGCGGACCUACUGGCUGGAGUUGGCUUAAUCCUGAAUUUUGUUUUUCAAUAUGUGAUCCAGUCAGAGACCAUUAGCCUUAUUACCGUUGGAUUCUUAGUUGCCUCCUUCACUGCUUCUGUGAGUAGCUUGUUAGCCAUCACAGUUGAUCGUUACCUUUCCCUGUACAAUGCACUGACUUAUUACUCAGAGAAGACGGUCCUCUGCAUUCAUAUGAUGCUGGUCGUUACCUGGGGGGUGUCCCUCUGCUUGGGACUACUACCUGUUCUAGGCUGGAAUUGUCUAGAUGACUAUUCAUCCUGCAGUAUUGUCAGACCCUUGACCAAAAGUAACGUGACUUUGCUGUCUGCCUCUUUCUUUUUGGUUUUUAUCAUCAUGCUUCAUCUGUACAUUAAAAUCUGCAAAAUAGUUUGCAGGCAUGCACAUCAGAUAGCUCUCCAGCAACAUUUUUUGACUGCAUCUCACUAUGUUGCUACUAAAAAAGGAGUCUCUACGCUUGCUAUAAUUAUUGGGACCUUUGGAGCAAGCUGGUUACCAUUUGCAAUCUAUUGUGUAGUUGGAGAUCUUGACUACCCUUCUGUGUACACUUACGCCACACUUCUGCCUGCUACUUACAACUCCAUGAUCAAUCCUAUCAUUUAUGCCUACAGAAACCAAGAAAUUCAGAGGGCGAUGUGGGUUCUUUUUUGUGGCUGCUUUCAGUCUAAAGUGUCCUUUCGUUCAAGAUCGCCCAGUGAUGUCUAAGUGGCUUUUCUUUUUGUAGUGCUGCCCAAAGAGACAAGCUACUUAGUAAAUUACAGUGCCUGUAAUGAACUAGAUCCAUGUUGUGAAGUUGUUGAAAACAUGCUUAAACCUUAGCACUUUAUGUACAUAUAUUUGUAUUCUUUGGAAUGUUCAGGUAUGGAGCUUUCACGUCUGUAAAAAAACUGUGGUUGCACCCAGAAUUGUACAUCACAUUUGUAAAAUGAAGACAUUCCAAUACUGCUUAAUUCUAGCACUUUAUUUCUAGCUGCUGAAGUGCCAAACAGUGUUGCCACUUCCAAGGGCAGAGAGAAGGGAAGUGAAAUGUAUUUUAUGUGUGAGUAUAUUUUGCUGCACAAUGUUGACAAAUUAUAACAUUUUGU